AUGGUGCUGUGGAGAGUAUACAAGCUUUUUAAGAAGAAAAGAAAAUGUCCCAAGUUGGUUCUGUGUUCUUCUGCGCCCUGGUAUGACCUUGAAUGUCUUUGGAAACAAUGUUCACAUGGUGUAAUUUCAGUCUUCUCUCUAACAGAACCAGAAUCGUGUGUGCCUCUGAAAAUUCCAACCCAGUCAUUGCUGCAGGAUGUGGCAGGACAAGCAAGAAAAGAGAAAGUGAGGCUACCUCACUACUUGCUGAGUUCCAAGCCCAAGUCUCAGCCUCUCGCAAAGGGGCAAGAUUCUGUUGGAGGAAGAGUGAGAACAUCCUCGGUGGCAUCUGCUGCCAUUAAUAAUAUAAAUGCAUCUCCCUUUGGAUUCCAUCUUCUCCCACCCGCAGUGAAAUUUGGAGUGCUCGAAGAAGGACACACCUAUGCCACCACCGUAAAGCUCAAGAAUGUUGGAGUAGACUUCUGCAGGUUUAGGGUGAAGCAGCCGCCACCCAGCACUGGACUGAAAGUGACUUACAAACCUGGACCCGUGGCAGCUGGUUUGCAGGCAGACCUGAAAGUGGAAUUAUUUGCCAUGGCUGUUGGGGAGGAUGGCGCCAAGGGAUUGGCACAUAUCUCUCACAAAAUAGAGAUUAUGACUGAGCAUGAUGUCCUGUUCUUACCUGUGGAAGCAACAGUUUUAACAAGCAGCAAUUAUGAGAAGAGACCAAAAGAUUUUCCCCAGGGAAAAGAAAAUCCCAUGGUCCAGAGGAUUUCUACAAUUUCUUCCUCUGCGCUUGGAGUCUUCAUGUCCCGUAAAAUUUCUCCACAUUAGGAGUCAGUUUCUUCUCGGUACAGCUCAACAGCCUCCAUGAUCCUCUCAGCCUACACAGACGAUGACAAAGAAUGGAAGUGAUCACAAUACACUCAUCAUCCCACAACACUGCAAGCGGAAGGCCUGACGAAAAGCUAUCAAAUUAAACUGCUUGAUCAGUUUAAUAAAGAAGUGCCAAGAGCAUCCCAAACUGCA